AUGGAAGCUUGUGGCCAAAAGCUACCAAAUGAAAUCUGGAUCAGAGUGCUUCAAAAUCUCAACACAGACGAUGACUUAAGCUUCCUCUGGAUCACAUGCCGCCAAGUUUGCACCGCGUUCAAAGAUGCUACAGAGUCGAUGUUUCGGGAAAGGCUCCUCCCAAAGCUGCGUCUCAACUUUCUGCUUGGUGAAAAGACACUCCCGCAGCUGGGUGAAAGAUUUGCUGACGAUAGACAAGGAGACUUUUAUCUCCCCGAGAGGGACGAUAGACGGUUUUCCGCAGUGCCUCUGAGUUGUGAGUUCGAAUUCAACCAUCUCUCGGAAGACAAAAAGACGGUCUUUCUGAGCGUGGACGAGGAAUUGUCCGACGAGUUGAAACCCGUGACUCGGAAACGUAUGCGGGAAUUUGCGGCAGAGACGCACCUAGAGAUACCCCACCAUACAAUCCAAAUACGACGUGAUGUGAACGAUGGCCCUAUACCUGGGCUCUCAUUCGAUUAUGAGACGUUCGAAGUGUGCUGCGAUUGGGAAGCGCUUUUCUCUGCUUUUUAUGGUGAAGAGUUCCUUUAUCAUAAACUGUUGGGACAGGCAGUAGGGAAGAGAGAGACAUGGCUAGAAGAGUUGAAAGCAAAGGUUGACCGAAAGGAGAUGGACGCUCAGCAAGUGAUUUUGAAAGCACUAAACGGUUUUGCUGAGGAUAACACAAUUGCACGGAAGAUGGCAAGAAGAGCUCGGGUCAAAAGACAAAUGCAAAUGUUCGAUGGGACGGAGUGGGAUUUUGUACGAGACGGAGAUGAGGAAGAAGAAGAGAGGAUUUUGAAGAAUGUUCAGCAAUUACGCCAAUUCUCGAGCUUCGAAGAAUGGAGUGAUGAUGAAGACGAUGAGGACGAUGAGGACGAUGAGGAUGAUGAGGAUGAUGAGGAUAGUGAGGAUAGUGAGGUUUCUGAAGAAGGUAGCCAGGAAUGGGAGACUGAAGAUGAAGAAAAUGACGAAGCAGAUGAGUAAAGGAGAAAGGAAGCACUGUAUAAGCUUUUGAAAAGCUUGUGUCGAGAGAAAUAUGAUGGUCACAAAACAACGAACGUGGUGUUCGAGGCAAAUGCGACUGAAAGUGCUAGCUAGGCAAGUGUCACGGUUAUGGAGUCACGUGCCCGCUACGAAAUACUCACGUGACCGCUCGCCUGUAUAUAUGCCCUGCCUUCCGGCGCUUCCUUCCUUUCUUUCCUCUUUACCUUUAGAUUCU